AGACAUCUAGGAGCUCCAGUCUCAGCAUCAGCCUCUGUGGACGACCAAUCAUUCAAAGAAACCCAGGACCUGAAGUCAAGACAUCCGAGAGUUUCUGCUGCGGCUGCCGAACUCCAAAAAAAUUCAUCAACAAGAAAGUGCUGGAAGGAGCGCCAACACAAUGAAAGUGGCUGUUAUUUUUGUUUUGCUCUUCGCCACAGUCAUCUGUCGGCCGGCAAGAAAAACCAGCAGUUCAGACAGUUCUGAGGAAGUUGUGAGAAGACCAGCUCUGAGAAAACAGGCACUAGUAGCUUCAAAGAGUCGAGUAAUACCUGCACAGAGGGUGGUUGCAGCACCUGUGGACAAAAGCCUGGAGACUUCAGAGGAGGAGGCGGUCCUUCCUCAGGCUGCUGUGGAAGUCAAAGCUGGCAUGGUAGACAUGGUUGCUCCAACAGAGACUCCAACUGUGGACAGCGAUGAAGAUGACGACGAUGAUGAUGAAACAGAAGAGGAUGAAACAGAAGAAGACGAAGACGAAACCACAGACGAAUCAGACUCAGAGUCAGGAGAGUCUUCUACCCUCUCUCCUGUCACUGUCACCCCCGUGAUUGUGACAGAGGAGCCUAUUAUUGAAACCACUGUCGACGCCAUCUUGCCCACUAUCAUUACUGACCCGGAUUCCGGCCGCGGGGACAACAUUGGAGGCUACCCCAGUGACUACAAGUCUACUGUUUAUGUGGAAGAGAAGUCCUAUCACAAAGUUCCCUCUCCCUAUAAAUCCUAUGGUUAUGUGGACUCAGGAAAAAAGACACCUUAUGGGGAGAUUCAUGGCAACGAGGUGGAAAAAUCCCCAAAAGUCUACAAGCAGGCUUUCCAGAUCCACACUGACUUUCUGGAGGAGGACACCAGCACCCCUGAAGUGGAGACCCAGGGCUUGGACAUGUCCUCCAGCGUAUCUCAAGACCAGGACAUGAGCCACCGCCAGACCACCCUUCCAGAGGAGGAGGAGGCUGCCGGCACCAGUGACACCACAGCCAGUGAGAGCCAAAGCAGCAGCACACCACAGGAGGAAGAGGAGGAGGAGAGCGCCAGUAGCGACAUUGCCAGUGCCAGCCAGGAGGCCGAAGAAGAGGAAAGUGAAAGCAGCGAGGAGGCCACCGCCACACCUGGAGCCGCCGACAGCGAUUCAAAUGAAGAGGACAGUGAUGAGAGUGACUCCGAUGAGAAGGGGGUGGGACCUGAUGUCACCACUGACAUGCCUUUGGUUAUCACUGCUAAAUAAGCCCCACCCACCCAAGGAGGGGUGUGUCUUUCAGUGAUGUGCUGCAGGUGCAAAGGUUCCUGCUGCAGCCAGAGUCGAACAGUGAAAUCCUCAGCAUUAUUGUCUUAGACCUGAUCACGUUCAGCCAGAAUUAAAAAAAAACUUCUUUCUUCUAUUUUUAAAUAUAUACGUUUUUGAACAAUCCCUAUGAUGGCAGAUCCACCAGCACCAAGAGAUUCCACAUGUCUCUGCUUGGUGAUUUAAAUUUCAAAUGCUACCUGCACCAAGAGGUGAGCUCCUUUCCAGCUUUAGCCAUUUUCUCCUGAUCUUGUUUCUGCAGAUUUGUGGAGUCAAACCUCGGAACAAAGACGCAAAGUCGCACAAAUUGUAUUUAAUCAUCAAUCACUGUCUGUUACAUGGAAGGGCUUUGGUUUUGUGAUUAUGAAAUACAUUCCAAAUCCUUCUGAGCAUGACGUGAUUUGAACUUGACUGUAGACCUUCAGGCUUCCUUACUUAUCACAAUGUUGCUGUUGUAGCCAAAACGUAUAUAGAAAUAGUUGGAUUUGCACAGUUCCUGCAGGUACUGAGACCACACGCUGUUACAUCAAUGUUUUGUACUGUAAUGUAUCAUAAUGUAUCAUUUAUAAAAUAUGAAUAAAAUUCUUUUUCAUAUAAA